UAGCGGACGUUUCAUUCAUGCAGAAAACGUAGCGCAAGACAGAUUCGAUAAGCUAAAGCAUCCGAAAUUGGGCCAGAUGCAGGUUCCAGGUCUUCGGAAAAACGAAAUAUUUUGCUCGCGACGAAGUAAACUAUGUACCGUCGCAUCCACAGUCAACAGCACACGAGAGCUACCAGUAAAAAUUGGCGCAAAUAUCCAAAUUCUUGAGGACGAAAGCAAUCUCAGUGAACCUAACACCUAUUGUAAUUUUUAAGUGAAUUCCGACUAAGUUGUUCUUGAAUCGGUUUAGCAAUGGUUUUCAACGUACUUGUAGCAUCAUCUGUGAUCAAAACAGCCACUGUAGUAGGCUCUAGUCUAUGGCUUAUACCAUUCUUACUGGGGGCUAUUUCAUAUUACCGGUAUGAUCGGGUCGAUCCAGAGUCACGAGUUAUCGACCAACAGAGUCUAUACUCGGAGUAUGAUUUCGUAGUAAUAGGUGGUGGUUCAGCGGGCGCUGUAGUAGCAAACAGGCUUACGGAAGUAAGUAGAUGGAAAGUGUUGGUACUAGAAGCAGGCCCAGAUGAGAAUGAAAUAUCGGACGUUCCAUCGCUGUCCGCGUACCUACAGCUCAGUAAGUUGGAUUGGGCAUACAAAACCGAACCUACUGACAAAGCCUGUCUUGGUAUGGUCAACAAUCGCUGCAACUGGCCGAGAGGAAAAGUUUUGGGAGGCUCAAGCGUACUUAACUAUAUGAUCUACGUAAGAGGAAACAAAAACGAUUUCAAUCACUGGGAAUCGUUAGGCAAUCCCGGCUGGGGUUACAACGAUGUAUUGCAAUACUUUAUCAAAUCGGAAGACAACCGAAAUCCAUAUCUUGCCAGAAACCCAUACCAUGGAAAGGGUGGAUUACUAACAAUUCAGGAAGCACCGUGGCAUACACCGCUAGUAGCAGCAUUCGUCGAAGCCGGUACAGAAAUUGGGUAUGAAAAUAGAGAUAUCAACGGAGCUCAGCAAACAGGAUUCAUGAUCGCUCAGGGAACGAUUCGACGUGGUAGUCGGUGUAGUACAGCAAAGGCAUUCCUCCGACCCAUUCGUUUGAGGAAAAAUUUACACAUAGCAUUGAACUCUCACGUGACAAAGCUAUUGAUUGAUCCAGUUACAAAGAAAGCCAUUGGUGUGGAGUUCUUCCGGCAGGGCAAAAGACACUUCGUCAAGGCUAAGCGCGAAAUCAUCAUGUCUGCUGGAUCAAUCAAUACUCCGCAGAUAUUGAUGCUUUCGGGAAUCGGACCAAAGGAACAUCUGGAUGAAGUGGGCAUUAAGACCAUAGUAGAUCUACCAGUUGGUAAGAAUUUGCAAGACCACGUAGGCAUGGGUGGCUUGACGUUCCUAGUAGAUAAGCCAGUAGCAAUUUUGCAAAAUCGAUUGGAGGCAGCUUCCGUAACAAUGAAUUAUGUGAUCAAUGAACGUGGACCCAUGACGGUAUUGGGAGGGCUGGAAGGUAUCGCUUUCGUCAAUACUCCGUUCGCUAACGUUUCUCAAGAUUGGCCAGAUAUUCAAUUCCACAUGGCACCCGCUUCGUUGAAUUCGGAUGGUGGGGUACGAGUUAAAAAAAUCUUGGGACUCAAGGAAAAUAUCUACCAAGAAGUAUUUCAGCCUCUACAUAACACUUACAGCUGGACCAUCAUGCCAUUACUUUUACGCCCUCGGUCUCGUGGUUGGGUUCGCUUGAAAUCGAAGAACCCCUUUCACUAUCCUCUCAUGAAACCCAACUAUUUCGAAGAUCCGUUCGACGCACUAACGCUCGUCGAAGGCGCCAAGAUUGCACUGAGAGUUGCAGAUGCUAAGGUUUUCAAACAAUUCGGCAGCCGUUUGCACCAGAAGCCACUUCCUAACUGUAAACAUCACAAGUUCCUGUCGGAUGCCUAUUUGGAAUGUCAAGUACGAUCGAUUUCAAUGACCAUCUAUCAUCCGGUCGGUACCGCCAAGAUGGGCCCUGAAUGGGAUCCGGAGGCCGUUGUGGAUCCAAGACUACGAGUCUACGGUGUAUCGGGGUUACGUGUCAUAGAUGCCAGCGUUAUGCCGAGGAUAGUCAGUGGUAAUACCAACGCAGCUGUCAUCAUGAUCGGUGAGAAAGGAGCGAACAUGAUCAAGGAAGACUGGAUGGGUGUUAGUUGAUUUAAACUUAUGUAGAUUUACGGGUGAGACGAACUUGUUCACUUCGACUGUUUACUUGUAGGUUGUUGAAUAUGUAUUUAGUGUAGUAGACGAAUUAGAAACGAAAUAAUGUGUGCCAUUUUGCGAUGAUGAUUGCUGCAGUGUGUAAUGUAGAAGGAGGAGUAAUUGUAACUGUAUUAUCUGCUGCUUGUUUUAUCAUGAGAUUGUCAGUGCUUAAAAUGAACCUCAAAUAGUAAAAAACAGAGUUACUCCUAGUACCUUAGGAUCAAGUGAAAACACCAAAAAAGCAACGAAUAAAAAUAAUUACCAUGUUGAAAA